AUGCCGCGAGUUAAAUUUGACUAUAUUGUCAGCGUUAGCAGCGAAGAUCCCGAAAACCAAGCAAAUAAUCUACUGGCAGGGGAAGUGAGCAAAAAAAAGUGGCUUUGUCAAAAGGGUGAACAGUCUUCUUCCGUUGUGCUUCAGCUUGCUCGUGCGGUAACGAUAUCUGCAGUUCAUAUUGGAGCGCAUCAUGCAGCCUUUGUUGAGGUACUUGUGGGCUCAUCGGAAACACCUAACGACCAAUACCAAGUUCUGGUUCCUCGCUGCGUGUUCACCAGCCCCAGUGAGUCCAGACGAGAUGUACCAGUGGAUCGCGUGCGCUCCUUCAGUGGGGACCAGUUGGCCGUGAAGUCCAACACCCGCUGGGAUAGACUUAGAGUCCUGUGCUCGCAACCCUACAAUAAACAUUGCCAGUUUGGACUCUCUUUCAUACAUAUUUAUGAACCAGAAGGUACUACAUCUGUGAGCUCAGUGGAGCCGCAGUCUGUAGCUCCCGCUCUUACGGCUUCUGGCAUUAAGAAUAAACUUCUAGAACUUGGCACCUACUCAUCAGACGAGGACGAAUUCCGACCGGGAGAGCUAUUCGCAAGGCAUCGACAAAGUCUGAACCAAGACGAUGCCAAUAAUCAGAACUCGAAUACAGGCGCUCAAAUUAGACAAGCUUCAUCACAAGCUUUAAAAAAUAUAUCCGAUGCGGACACAAAGCUAAUCAAGACCCCGAUAGCUAAGACUGGCAAUAAACGAGAUAAUCGUGACAGGGGGCACGCUGCAGACAGGAGCCGAGACAGCCUUAUGUAUACAGAUGAUGACGAGCAACCUCAUGCGAAGAUCGACCGGGUUGUUAUGAAACACAAGGAGGACAAGAAUAAAAGGGAAGAAGCUCAUAGAACUAAAAACAAUGACGGUUUAAAAAGAGGCCAGGAUGAAACGAACAAUAAUGUACAGAAGCAAACAAAAGAUGAAUCUUGUAGUAAAAACAAUGCAAGAAUUAAUAAUAUUAAGACGCCUGAAUCGAGUAGCAAAACUUCUAAAUAUAAAGAUGACAAAAGAACUCCUGGCAGCCAAAAAAAGACAGAGAAAGAAAAUAGGAAGAGACGAAGAUCAGAGGAUAGUGACAAUGAAGAAGGCGGUCCGGUAUGUGAGGAGGAGAGUGCGGUGUUGCGCGGUGUGGUGUUUGCACUGAGCGGUUUCGUGCACCCCGAGCGCGGGGAGCUGCGGGACACCGGGCUGGCGCUCGGUGCGCGCUACCGCCCCGACUGGACGCACGACUGCACGCAUCUCGUGUGCGCGUUCCCGAACACGCCGAAGCUGAGGAAGGUGCAGAGUGAAGCGCCACACGCACACAUCGUGAGUGGGGCGUGGCUUCGAGUGUGCAGAGCUCGCCGCCGCCGCGUGCUCGAAGCACGCUACGCACCGCACGUGCAGCACACGCAGCACACACAGCAUACGCAGCACACACAGCGUACGAAGCAUACACUGUCUCCACCGCAGACGCAGUCAGAGCCCACGUCACACGCAGAACAAGCGGAGGACGACACGGACGACGAAAUAGAGAAGGUGCUCCGGGACCAGAAGGAGCGGCGCACCGGUUCUUCCGCUCAAUCUGACGACGACGUGGCCUUUGUAUGCGACGAGAGGAUGAAAGGCUCAGUGGCGCUAGACGACUCAGACUACGACGACACGGAGGAGGAACGCGGUGAAGACGAGGUUGACACGAAUCUCACCAACUUGCUGCCAGACUUCUUUGAUGGGAAGACGUUCCUUAUAGCGGCGGAUGUGCGGCGGAGCGGCUUUGAUGUAGAUCUGCUGGCUCGCUACGUGCGAGCGUAUGGCGGCUUGUUACUGCAGCAGGAGUCGUGCGCUGAGGAAGGUGCAACAGUGGACUACGUGGUAAGCGUGGGGGAAGAGGGGGACGUGGGAGUGGGCGGCGUGCGCGUACAGCCGCAGUGGGUGUGGCGCUGCCACCAGCUGCGCGCGCUCGCUACCACCGCCACCGUCAGCCUGGUUACCAAGUGA